AUGGAUACUCAAGCCGCGACGACGUCUACGCUCGUAAAAACUCAAUCGUUAAACAAUAUUAACGAUCAUGAGACUAUGAUUUCAUCAGGAAAACCAUCACUCUCGAUACCUCAUUCUGCACCGGUAAAGUCUUUCUCCACUAGUGCAAUUGACGACCACGAAAGCUAUGAUCUCUUUGGGAGCGGUCCAGAGAUCGCUGCAGCCAUAAAAGAAGCACCGCCUAUGGCUAGCACAGCUCCAGUGGAAGAAGGGGGUAUUGGAGAGAUGCCCUUGUCAUGUGAUAAAGCAGCGUCUCCCAUGAACUAUGACCUUUUUCCAGCAUUGGCAUUAACGGACAAAUCCGAUAAAGUUGAAACAGUAGAGGACAAGUCAAAGAUGCGGCCGUUAUCAAAAGAAUAUAUUCGUAGUGAUAGCAAUAGCAGUACUGCUACUGGUACGAGUACGAGUGUUUUGAGCAGUAAUGGAUGGUUCCAAGGAAAUGUAUCAAGUGCCAAUAGUGACGCUUUGCAGGUGGCUUCAGUGAAAAAUCAAGAGACUGCAUCACCAGCGUACAAGAUGUCAGGAAAUGCAGUUGAUAUUGUAGCGGUGAAAAACAUCGACGGAAAGUACCUGACAACGUCGUGGCAUGUGUCGUUCUCAUGGUCACGCUUUCGAACGAGUUAUGUUACUGGUGUGGGUGAUAUGGUGAGGAUUCUAGUGAAUGGUAAAGAGCUGCCUACUAAGAUGGUGCUACUAGAGCGUGGGAGGUGUAUGUUUGUUACAGGUGGUUUAGUAAUUCCACCUGAAGACCUGCUUUUUGCUGAUAUAUCGGAAGAACAUCCGAAUCAUGUGCGAUUCGAACACUUUCAAAAGUACACAAAUACUGUUCGCUAUGUAGACGCGAAACUGCAUUUGUGGGGACCAAAUGAAUCGGUUGCUGUGGUUGACUUGGAUGGCACACUGACUAUCAGUGACGUAGAGGGACACAUCCGUACCCUGCGCCUCGGUCAGUACGACUUCCUGCAUGCAGGAGCCUGUGACUUCUUUACCAAGUUGCACGAGCUAGAGGUGCGAAUUGUGUACCUUACUGCACGUCCACUUGACUGGGCUUCCGCGUCACGGACACAUUUGGAGAAUGCGGUGCAACAAUCAAUCUCGCUGCCCCCAGGAGUUCUCAUCACAAACUCGACUGGUCUUACUGGCGCACUGUUCACGGAAGUUGUGAAUAAGACACCGCACCUUUUCAAGAUUCAAGUGUUGAACGAGCUGCAGCUUACGCUGAUUCAUGCUGGCCGAGUGGUUGAACAUCCAGUGUUUGUUGCAGGCUUCGGCAAUCGCCCCACCGAUAUCGUAGCUUACCAAGAGGUGGGUAUGGACCCUAAUCUAAUUUUCAUGUUAGACCCGUACUCGAACGUGAAGGCCGUGUCCGAUCCACGUCUUUACGAAUCGUAUAGUGAUCCUAACGUAUUACUGUGGCUGCUGCCUAAGCUUAAGCACCGUGUACCUAUCGAAAAGGUUGGUCGCAUCGACGAUUAUACAGUGCGCGAGCUCCUUUUGGCCGAAGAUCGAGAACAAUUACGCAUAGCCGAGAUGCAGGCUCGUCAACUGCAGCAAGAAGAAUUCGAGCAUGCUCGUCAAGAGGCAAAUCAAGCUCGAUAUGCUUCAAAAAACGCUCUUCGUGCCAGCAGCAGUCAGAAUUUCUCACGAUAA